CAGGUGGAGGAGGCGCAGAUGGAGCGGGACCUGGCCAACCAGAAGGCAGAGACGGCCAACGAUCUGGAGAGGCAGCUCGAGGAGAUGAAGGCGGCGCAGAAAAAGCUGCAGGAUGACCUCGAGGAGUCGCGCAAGCGCGAGGAGGAGAGGGAAACAGAGCUGAAAGCAAGCCUGGAGGAGAUCGUCAAGGUUCAGAAAGAAAAGGUGGUGCUCACGAAGGAGCUUGAUGCCGCGAGGAGACGUGAGGCAGAACUCGCGAAGCUGUUGGAGGAGGCGCAGAACCAGAUACUCGAGCUCACGAGUGACGAAGCCGACGACCUGCUCGCUGACCUCGACCUCGACGAUCUGGAAGACGUGCCGCCGCCGCCGCCGCCGCCCCCGCCGCCGAAGGCUGGAGAGUCCGCGCGGCCACCUCCACCGCCGCCGCCGCCAUCGCCGCCGCGGAAGGCAAAGGCAGGCAGCGCCCCACCGCCGCCGCCCCCGAUGGCGCCGCCCCCGAUGGCGCCGCCCCCGCCGCCACCCCGCAUGGCGCCGCCGCCGGGCCCACCUCCGCCGGGCAAGGCGGCGCCGCCACUGCCGCCCCCGCCCGGGCCGCCUCCGCCGAAGGCGCCACCGCCCGGGCCGCCGCCCUCCGCGCCCGAGGCACCGACGGCGCCGGCCAAGAAGGCUGGAGCCAAGAAGGCGGCAGCCAAGAAGGCGUCGGCCAAGAAGGCGGCGGCCAAGAAGGGCGCGGGCAAGAGCGCCCCCUAGUUGGCGGGCAGCAGGCGCUGGCUUUGGGCCCCGCGGCAGCCGGUGUCGGGCCCGGGGAGCCGCCUCGAGGGGUCGAGGCGGCUCCCAGACCUGGGCGUGCUGGCUUGGAGCACGUCGCGAAGGGCCCCCGCGCUAGAGGGGCCUCGUCCGCCUCCAUCUCCAUCUCCAUCUCCAUCUCCAUCUCCAUCUCCAUCUCCAUCUCC